CACUUUUAGACGUAUUUUACAGCACUGCUUGAUAAAUUUGAUGGUCACACUGAUUCCUACUAUUGAUUGAAACAAAAAUUUACGCAAAUAUAACAGGAAUUUUUUUAUUCCAAUGAAAAGUAAAGCAUAAAAUCCAUUGUGAAAAAUUGUGGGGUGGUGGGAGCAAAAGCAGUCGCAAACGGAUACGAUACUCAAUAGGCCAUAGUAAAGAGAGCGAAAGGCAAGAGCAUGACAUGUAUUUGAUGUGUACUCAGCAGCGGCCGAAGAGAGCGCACUAAGCACACGCACACAACUAUACACACUUGUGUGGGAGUCGCAAGAAAUAUAUACACACACACACACACACACACAUACGGAAGGAAACUGGGAUACAACACCGAAAAAAAGGAAAGGACGGACGGACGGAAGGAAGGAAGAACAGAACCUGUGCGUAAAUUAGAAUAAAUCGCGAAUCGCAACGAAAUGAAUCCAGCGGUUGAUGCGUGGGCGGUGACCCAGCGGGAGAAGCUCAAGUACCAGGAGCAGUUCAAAGGCCUCCAGCCCCAGGCGGGUUUCAUCACGGGCGCCCAGGCGAAGGGAUUCUUCCUGCAGUCUCAGCUACCGCCGUUGAUCUUGGGCCAAAUCUGGGCACUGGCCGACACGGAUUCCGAUGGCAAGAUGAACAUCAAUGAGUUCAGCAUAGCAUGCAAGCUGAUAAAUCUGAAGCUGCGCGGCAUGGAGGUACCCAAAGCACUGCCCCCCACGUUGCUAGCCUCGCUCACCGAUGGUCAGAAAACGCCCACAAUGACGCCACGUGGCUCCACGAGCUCCAUGAGUCCACUCGAUCCGCUAAAGGGCAUUUUGGCUGCCCCAGUUUCACUUCCUGUGGCCGCACCUGUCGCCGUGCCCGUUGCUCCGGUGGCUGUUGUGCCAGCAGCAGCAGCAGCAGUGCUCGUCUCGCCACCGGGAAUACCGGCUGGGCCCACGCCGCCCUCCAGCAAUCCACCUAGCCGCCAUAUGUCCAUUUCGGAACGGGCGCCAUCCAUCGAAUCGCCUCAGGCGGAGUGGGCUGUACAGGCUGGCCAGAAGCGCAAAUACACGCAGGUAUUUAAUGCCAAUGACCGCACCCGUUCUGGCUACUUGACUGGCGCGCAGGCGCGCAGUGUCCUGGUGCAGAGCAAACUACCGCAGGUGACGCUGGCCCAGAUCUGGACACUCUCGGACGUCGAUGGCGAUGGGCGACUAAGCUGCGAGGAGUUCAUCCUAGCCAUGUUCCUCUGCGAGAAAGCCAUGGCCGGCGAAAAGAUACCUGUCACGCUGCCCUUGGACUGGGUGCCGCCCAACUUGCGCAAAAUGAAAUCGCGUCCGGGUUCGGUUUCGGGUGUGGUCUCGCGACCAGGCUCACAGCCCGCCUCCCGGCAUGCGUCUGUUUCGUCUCAGGGCGGUGUGGCUGCAGGCGAUGCCGAUCCACUGGCCGGCUUACCGCAAACUUCGUUCGAGGACAAGCGCAAGGAGAACUAUGUCAAAGGCCAGGCAGAGCUCGACCGCAGGCGAAAGGUCAUUGAGGAUCAGCAGCGCAAGGAGCGUGAGGAACGCGAGCGUAAGGAACGCGAGGAGGCGGACAGGCGCGAGAAGGCUCGCCUCGAGGCGGAGCGCAAGCAGCAGGAGGAAUUGGAGCGCCAGCUACAGCGUCAGCGUGAAAUUGAAAUGGAAAAGGAGGACCAGCGAAAGCGAGAGCUGGAGGCCAAAGAAGCAGCCAGAAAGGAGCUAGAAAAGCAGCGCCAGCAGGAAUGGGAGCAAGCGCGAAUUGCCGAAAUGAAUGCACAGAAGCAACGUGAACAAGAGCGUGUCCUCAAACAGAAGGCACACAACACUCAGCUUAACGUGGAGCUGAGCACGCUAAACGAAAAGAUAAAGGACUUGUCGCAGAGGAUUUGCGACACUCGCGCAGGCGUCACCAAUGUCAAGUCUGUCAUCGAUGGGAUGCGCACGCAGCGGGACACUUCCAUGAGCGAAAUGGCCCAGCUGAAGACGCGCAUCAAGGAGCAGAAUGCCAAACUAAUGCAGCUUACCCAGGAGCGGGCCAAAUGGGAUGCUAAGAGCAAGUCUAGUGGUGCUGCCAUGGGCGGUGAGGCGCAGCAGGAGCAGCUAAAUGCUGCCUUUGCCCAUAAGCAGCUGCUGAUAAAUCAGAUCAAAGACAAGGUGGAAAAUAUUGGCAAGGAAAUCGAGUCAAAGAAGGAGGACAUCAACUCGAACGACCUGCAGAUGACGGAGGUAAAAGACGAACUCUCCGCUCUGCUCGCCAAAUGCGAGGAACUCUACAAGGAGUACGAUGUGGAGCGCACAUCAGUGUUGGAAUUGAAGUACAAUCGCAAGAACGAGGUGACAGCCACUGCGGCUUGGGACACGGGCGCCUCUAGCGGAGGCUGGGGCGAGCCUGACAUAGCGGCCACCGCCGACCCGUAUGGUGGCCUAACCAAUGACACUAGCGCUGUUAUAGCACCAGCUGUGGAUCUGAGUGGACCAGCGCCAGAGGGUUUCGCUAAAUAUCGCGCCGUCUAUGAAUUCAAUGCCCGCAAUGCCGAAGAGAUUACAUUCGUGCCGGGUGACCUCAUCCUGGUUCCACUCGAGCAGAAUGCCGAACCGGGCUGGCUGGCUGGGGAGAUCAAUGGCCACACCGGCUGGUUUCCCGAGUCCUAUGUUGAGAAGCUGGAGGAAGAAGAAGGCGUCGCCGCUGUGGCUUCAGCCAUCGAGCCAGCGGUGGUCGAAGAGACGGCACCAGCAGCAUCCGUAAAUCCGUAUCCGGCAGAUACUUACAAUGACAAUAUCAAUGUGGCUCCCGCAUUGGACGCUGACCUGGCCUCCGCUGGCUCCGACAUCGAGUACUACAUAGCCGCAUAUCCUUAUGAAUCAGCCGAGGACGGAGACCUGAGCUUUGGAGCCGGUGAAAUGGUGAUGGUUAUCAAGAAAGAGGGCGAAUGGUGGACGGGCACCAUUGGCAAUCGUACCGGCAUGUUCCCCUCGAACUAUGUGCAGAAGGCUGACGUGGGCACAGCGGCGAAUGUUGCGGCAGACGCAGCAGUGACUGACUCGGUCGAUCAGGAGGCUACACUAAACGGCAACUCUGCCUACGCUGCUCAAGCUGAAACAUAUGCGUUGCCACAGCACGAGCAGCUGCAGGAAGAGGUACCACUAACAGAACAGCUGGAGCAGCAGCAGCCCACAGUCCAGCUGGCAGAGCAGACUGCCGCGGCGGAGGAGGCGCACGAAGACCUAGACACUGAAGUUUCCCAGAUCAAUACACAGUCCAAGACACAAAGCAGCGAACCGGCCGAGAGCUAUAGCCGACCCAUGUCACGCACCUCUUCCAUGACACCCGGCAUGCGGGCCAAACGAUCGGAGAUUGCACAAGUGAUUGCGCCGUACGAAGCCACCAGUACCGAACAGCUGUCGCUGACGCGCGGCCAGCUGAUCAUGAUCCGCAAGAAGACCGACUCUGGCUGGUGGGAGGGAGAACUGCAGGCUAAAGGCAGGCGCAGACAGAUCGGUUGGUUCCCGGCUACCUACGUGAAGGUGCUGCAAGGCGGUCGCAACAGCGGACGCAACACCCCUGUCUCGGGAAGUCGCAUUGAGAUGACAGAACAAAUCUUGGAUAAGGUAAUUUCUCUCUAUCCGUACAAAGCACAAAACGACGAUGAGCUCUCAUUCGAGAAGGACGACAUCAUCAGUGUGUUGGGCCGCGACGAGCCGGAAUGGUGGCGCGGAGAGCUGAACGGCCUCUCCGGUCUGUUUCCCAGCAACUAUGUGGGUCCCUUUGUGACGUCCGCGCUUCUAUCAACUGCCAUAAUUGUAUUUAUUUACUGUCUAUUGUCUAAUUGAUAAAUGUUGAAAUUGUUUGCCGCUAAUGCUGGAAGUACGAGUAUCUGUAGUGUCGGAUUGGGACCGUACCGUACCGGACCGGUCCGGAUGGGAUGUAUAAAUUGAGUAUGUACAAAAGCCUAUAUAGAGAAAUUGAUACAUACAUACAUACGUAUUACAACAAGCCGGUAUAUAGAGCUAUGUUACGCUGUUCGAAUCUGUUUAAUGCUAGUUACAAUUAGUCUCUAUAUCACACACACACACUCACAUAAACCAAACAUAUAUCUAUGCUAUCUCAUACUUGCAUACAUGUGAUGUAAUAAUGAUGAAGCACUGUCGAAUGCCUUUCAAAAAGAUAACCAAAAAAUCACCUUACAUGGAUUAAUCUUAAUCGUAACUUGUUAUUGCAUACAACAAAACUAUUUAUGCGCCUAUAGCUCUAUUAAAAAAAAAACAAAAAUUAAUGAAAAAAACAAAAAGCAAACGUUAUCAGCCCAUAGACGCCCGAUCAGCAGACGGACAACCAAGGGGUUCACGAUGCACGAUCCACUGAUCGGCGGUUCUUUUGGGCAAAAUUCUAUGGCAUACAAAAAACAUAAACAUAAAAAACAUAAACGUAUUUAUGUAGCUAAUGUUGGGUUGAUUAUUGAUUCUACACUACAUAUACGAGCAUAUGUACGAGUACUAAUAAAUUUAAAUGAACCACAAAACUAAGCAUAUACAUACAUACAUACUAUAUAUAUAUACUACUAUAUAUAGAGCAAGUACAUACUACAAUUUCUUUAGAACGAAACUAACAAAAUGAUGUUAAUUGAGAUGCAUACAUUCCCCCACACACUACAUACCGACACACACACACCAUGGCAUACAUAUAAUGCUCAUAUAAAAGCGUAUUUGUUUAAUCGUUACGAGAGUUAAAUAAUGUGAACAAAUUAAAGAGGAAUAGUUAUCAAGGAGUUGAAAAACCAAUCAAUCCGCCACACACACGGAGAACAAAUUCUAGACGCAUUUUGCACACUCACCUACCACUGAGAGACUCACUUUAAAUGCGAAAUGGUGACCAUCGAUAUAUAUUUACCUAUAUACAAACAAAACCAAGCAAAAUCUAUAUAACGGAAGUGUUUCCAUCUUCAGCAUAUAGUACAUAUACAUACACACAUACAUAUAUAUAAAGCGAAUUCUGCAAGAAAUGCAAAACUAACGAGCAAAAGAAAUACCAUACAAAAUAUUGAAAUAUAUCAGUUUCGAAAAA